CUCUCCGUGUCCCCGUGCUGGCACUCAUCCGCUCUUCUCUCGGGUGUUUUAUAGGGCCGGUACGGGACGACCAUGGCUGCAGAUGGGCUGUCCAGCAAGGCACUGAAGGUGAAGCGAGAGCUCGGAGAGAACACGCCGCUGCUGUCUGAUGAAGAGUUGAUGGGGCUGUCAGUGCGGGAGCUCAACCACCACCUGCGGGGCCUUUCCAAGGAGGAGGUGGCGAGGCUGAAGCAGCGACGACGGACGCUGAAGAACAGGGGCUACGCUGCCAGCUGCCGGGUGAAGCGUGUCUGCCAGAAGGAAGAGCUGCAGAAGCAGAAGAUGGAGCUGGAAUGGGAGGUGGACAAGCUUGCCCGGGAGAAUGCUGCCAUGCGCCUGGAGCUUGACACUCUCCGUGGCAAGUACGAGGCCCUGCAGGGCUUUGCCCGCACUGUGGCUGCCCAUGGGCCACCUGCCAAAGUGGCCACUGCCAGCGUCAUCACCAUCGUCAAGUCCGGUGCCAACCAGGCUGCCUACUCCUAGUGCUGGCCCCGUCCCUCGGCUGGGCACUGUCCCCCCCAGGGCGUCUUCCCCUACAUACUUGAGGCUCUCCUUUGCUGGGAGCUGCACCCCAAAUCCUUCCCUCUGGUCCCCAGACCUCCGCUUGUAGGGAGGACUGCCACCAUGUGUGUGCCGGGUGGGACAGCACCUUAUUGGAGAUCCCAUGGGGGAAGCCCAAAGCCCGGCACUGCCCCGUGGUCCCAUCCCUUGCUGCAUCAGUGGGUGCGUGCAGGAGGGGAUGAGUCCAUGUGAAUGGAUGGAGGCAGGGAAACACCCCCACAGCUCCAAGCUGGCAGGAAAACACAGUGCACCCCAUUUUUUUGGGAGAGCUGAGUGCAGGUCAGGCGCUCUCAGGAGCAUGUACCAGAGAGGGAAAUGGGGAGAAGGUUUUGCAGAGGAAUGAGGAUGAAUGGGGUCAGCACUGGGCUGACCAGUGAGAAAAGGUGGAGAUGGCAAGAGAACGUGCAGGUCGGAGGGGAACAGAAAGUGGCUGCAGGUUGGGGUGAGUGGGAUGGCAAAGCACUGUAACAGCAGUGGAGGGGGACCCUUGGGCAGGAGACAUCUGGGGGCUGUGAGACAAAAAGGAGAUGCGAAGGGGCUGUUUUCUCCCCAUCACGCACAUCCUCUGUGACCUGAGUGGGACACUCAGCCCAACCGGGUGCCUGGAACACAGAGGCAGUGGCAGGAAGGAAGUGGAGGCAGCUGGAGUGCAGAUAACUGCUGUUUUGCUGCACACAGCCCCGCUUGGAUGGCCCCGCCAAGCCCUGUGCUCCACUAGCUCCAGGGCUUAGGCUGCACAAAGUGAGGAGACAGAGUGGUUUGGAGGGCAGAGCAUCCCACUCCUGGGAGCUGCCUGGCAGGCAGCUUCUCCCUUGGGUUUUCCUCCAGCUUGGACAUCAGCACAGAGGUCUGGGCAUCGCCACGCCAGCCGCCCUCGGCUGCAGCCUCCGUCCCAACCCAGAGAGGUGCCCGCCCAGAGGGCACUGUUAGCAUCCCCUCUAUCCCACUCCCCCUGGGUUUAUUUAUUGCACGAACCUAAGUUAUUUUCACGUCCUCUUUGCCAUUCCGCCUCUCGGCACAGCCAGGAUGUUGGUACAGAGCCGUACUUUAUAUUUUAUAUAUGCAAAUCACAUUUUAUCUUAUAUAGAG